GCGCCGCCCUUCGGAUAGAAUUAGGGUAGGGGCAAAGCCGGGUACGUAGUACGGGUCAAGUGGCUCUAUUUGACAAAAAAAAAUACUAAGUAGGUGAUAUUAAAAGAAAAAAAACACGGGUUUUAUUACUUUUCGGUCACUGUGUAUUGCAUUAUACAUAAUCUUUCCUAUGGUAACAACGGCAUGGUUAUGCUAUAAGUAAGUAUUUUACUACUUUGGCUGUCACUAUCUAUUUGAUGCUAACGGUAGGUACGUAAUUAUCGUUGAAUGUGUUAAAUAAAUAAAUAUUGAACAAUCUUAUAUAAAUCGACCUAGUUCCACCGUAAGCACAAUAACUAAGGCUUGUGUUGUGGGUAUACCUACUAGAAGUUUUGAUAUAAAAUAAAACAAGGUAAAAUAUGAAUUUAUCGUGAUAAAUUUAUAUUAUGGCGUGCCAUUACGCCACUUACACAGGAAGUAUUUGGUACACUGGUGCAGUGGCAUAAUUAACAUACAUAGAAUUGAUUUGAUUUAAAUUGAUUAUGUCUUGUUUAUUUUUUAGAUAUAAUCUUAUCUGAAACGCAAUAGCUUUAAUGGUAGGUUACCUAAUAGUUGUCAGCGCUUUCACUUGGAUCCGAAGUUGAUUUGAAAAUAAUAACGUAUUUCAAGGCUCUCUCAAAGGAAUACGUACAGCCAGUUAAUUUCAUUACACCUGACAUAGGAUUCGGUUCUCUUUUAACUCUUAAAAUGUUUCAUUAUUAUUUUCGUGUUUUUAAUUGGUUUUGUGCUGCGUUCGGCAUGAAGAAACCAUUUCUGUUGCCGAACGGGCAGGCCUGCAACGUUACCUAUUGGAGUAAAUUUUGGUCUGUCACUGUAAUUACUAUCUUUAUAGCUAUUAAUUUUGCAUCAAAAGGUGAGGGAACUAGAGAAGACAUCAAAUUUUACUUAGAAGAUAUAGCGGAUAUAAAUGAUUUAAUAUUCAAUAUAAUCAUAAUAAUCAUCGACAUUUUUCAUUCUUCAACAUUGUGGUCGGAGCUUUAUAUGACUUUCAGCAAUAUCUUUAAUCGUUUGAAGAUGAGUAACCGAAAUUUAAAGAUGAUUGCCUUGAAACUAUAUCUAUGGAUUUUCUUGCCAAGUGUUGUAUUUAUACUUACAAUUUUUCUGGAAAUCUUUAUUCCGCAACCUGCCCAAUUUAUUAUUCUUAUAAAGGUGCCGGGAUAUUUGGCAACUUUGCAUUUAGUGAUUCAUUUGCACCUAGUGUUGGCGGUAUUAAGGAGCAUAAAUAAAAUAUUGAAUAAGUCACAUCAGUUCACAUCAGUUAAGGAAUCAAGCAUGUUCAGAUAUUUUUUUAAUAUCAAUGUAAAUUUUUUGGAAGCGGAUGUCUCGGAUUCCAAUUUUAGUAUCAAAUUCCUAUGCAAAAUUUACGAUGAUUUAAUCACUUGUAUUCAAUUAUUGGAGAAGCUUCAUGGCAAACAAAUAUUGUGUACUAUUUGGAUGAUGUUCUCCGGUGCAGUGAUUGGAGUUACUCUGAUAAGUAGUGAAGAGGUAGAACGUCCCUGGAUGAUAACGAUAAGAAUUGUCCUACCAUUUAUUUGGUCAAGUCUUUGUUGUUUUGUGGACGAUCAGUUAAGGAAAGAGGUGGAGUGGACUGAAAUACUCAUCAUGAAACAUUUGAUUGACUUUAAAUGUGAUCUCCCCAGAAAAAAAGUUCUAGAAACAUUCAAGCAACUCGUUAUUACAAAUAAAUUACAAUUCACCGCUAGUAACCUUUUUCGUGUGAACUACCAUCUGAUUAUUGGAACUGUCAUGAACGUUAUUACUUACAGCAUCAUUUGCAUUCAAUUGCUUUUAAGAACAGAUUAAAAUUUAUGUUUCGAAUUAUCAGUAUUGAAUGUGACAAAACUACGAUUUCAUUGUUUUCAGUUGUUUGGUAUAGUUAUAUACCAAACAAUUGAAAACAAUGCAAAAGCCACUGACGUACAAAUUGACGAAUACUAUCUAUAAUAUACUAUAUAAUAUUAAU